GUGAUCCAUCCAGGCAGAUGGUGGCUGUGGGGGAGCCCCAAUCCUCUUACCCAAAGCUCCUUAAUACUUCCGCCACGCAGGUCACCUCCGGGCCUCUCCUGCGCCAGGUGGCCGCCAUGCCAGGGCUGGCGGUUGAGGAGGGGAUGGAGGGCUGGAGCCCGGCCUCACCGCUGUACGAGGAGUACCGCCCGCCCCCGCUGGACACCAUCCGCCUGCCCAGGUACGUGCUGUACCUGCUGCUGGCUGCGCUCCUGGUGGUGGCCGUGGCCUAUGCCAUUGUCGGGCAUCUCAUCAAGGACCUCGCCCACGACCUGGCCGACUGGGCUUUCGGCCCGAAGCCGGACCAGGAAGACGCCCCCCGGGAGCUGCCCGAGAGCUUGGAGGGCGAGGAUCUGGAGGAGCUGGACCUGCAGCUGGCGCUGGCCUGGCGGGGUGAUGAGGAUGCCGGCCGUGGUGGGGAGGGCGCCCCUGCUGGCGCCCCCACCCAGGCCCCCCGCCGCCCCUCCAUCGCCUUCAAAGACCCGCCAGUCCGAAGUGCCUUCUGGAGGCUGGGCUGAGCCGGGCCCUGCCCUCCGGCCUGGGAGCCAGUUUCAGCACCGCUGGCGGCUGUAUAGACCAGACUCGUGCACACCGGAGCCCUUCUCCACUGACCCGUGCUGUGGGGACAGGGGACGCUCUCUUCCCUGGCUGCAGGCUCCGGUGGUUGGACACUGGUUAUUUCCACCCUCCUGCUCCCAGAGCCGAAACCCCGCCCAACCUCCGCCUGUAAAGCAAAAACGCUAAGAAGAUUAAAACUGAUCAUAAUAAUAGUA